AUGUCUUCCCCAAACCACACUCUGGUGACAGAAUUCAUUCUCCUGGGACUCACAGACAACCCAGUGUCAGAGAAGACCCUGUUUGGGGUGUUUCUGGUGAUCUACCUAAUCACGCUGACAGGGAACCUGGGCAUGAUCGUGCUGAUCAGGACAAACGCCCACCUCCAAACCCCCAUGUACUUCUUCCUCAGCCACCUGUCCUUUGUAGACAUUUGCUAUUCCUCCAACAUCACUCCAAAUAUGCUGUACAAUUUCCUCUCAGACCAGAAGACCAUCUCCUAUGCUGGAUGCUUCACACAGUGUCUGCUCUUCAUUGCCCUGGUGAUCACUGAGUUUUAUAUCCUUGCUUCAAUGGCGUUGGAUCGCUAUGUGGCCAUUUGCAGCCCUUUACAUUACAGCUCCAGGAUGUCCAAGAGCAUCUGCCUCUCUCUAGUCACAGUCCCUUACACUUUUGGCUUCCUUAAUGGGCUCUCUCAGGCACUGCUGACUUUCCACUUGUCCUUCUGUGGCUCCCGUGAAAUCAAUCAUUUCUACUGUGCUGACCCUCCUCUCAUGAUGCUGGCCUGCUCUGACACCCGAGUCAAGAAGAUGGCGAUGUUUGCAGUUGCUGGUUUUACCCUCUCCAGCUCUCUCCUCAUCAUUCUCCUGUCCUACCUUUUCAUCAUUGCCAGCAUCUUGAGGAUCCGCUCUGCAGAAGGCAGGCACAAAGCCUUUUCUACUUGUGGUUCCCACCUGACAACAGUCACUAUAUUUUAUGGAACCCUCUUUUGCAUGUACCUAAGGCCCCCGUCUGAGAAGUCUGUAGAGCAGUCCAAAAUAAUUGCAGUCUUUUAUACUUUUUUGAGCCCAAUGCUCAACCCAUUGAUCUACAGUUUACGGAAUAAGCACGUGAUCCGUGCCAUGAAGCAAAUGAUUAAGGGAAAUACCUUUCAUAGAAUUGGACUUUAG